CGGAACUUCCCGAGCGCGGCGGCGGCGCCUCCUCCCCUUUUCCCCUUCCUCUUGUUCCCUGGGCGGGGACUCGACCCUUCUUCCCUUCCUUUCCUUCCUUCCUUCCUGAUCAGCCCUCCCACCUUGGCAAGAUGGAGGAGCGGGGCGGCAGCGGCUGAGGCUGAGCGGAAAAGAAAGGGAAAAGGAGACCCUCCCUCUUUCUUUCCUCCCUCCCUCCCUCCUUCCUUCCUUCCCUCUCUUGCUUUCCCCUCCCACCGGCUUCCUGCUGCCGCACUGAUUGCAGCCCCGUCUCCCUCCCUCCCUCCUUCCCUCUUUCCCUUCCCUCCUCCUGCAAUUGUCUCGGCGCCUGCCAGAGCCCUCCCUUCCUCCCUCCCUUUGCAGCAGCAGGAGCAGCGACGCUUCGCCAAUGGAGCGCCUCCCGGGCUCCUGCUAGAAGGAGAAGGGAGGAGAUCUCCAUCCGCCGGCAGCCAUGAGCGGCUCUGCCUCCUCUGCCGCUUGUGCCUCGUCUUCCUCCUCCGCCGGUGGCAGCGGAGGCAACGCGGGCGGGGAAGGAGGGGCCGAGGACGCCGCCAAGGAAUCCGCAGACAUCGCCGCUUUCUUCCGAGCCGGAUUUCGUAAAAAUGAUGAAAUGAAAGCUAUGGAAGUCCUGCCUAUCUUGAAAGAGAAAGUUGCAUACCUUUCAGGUGGAAGAGAUAAGCGAGGAGGCCCCAUUCUAACAUUUCCAGCUCGCAGUAAUCAUGAUAGAAUACGACAGGAGGACCUUAGGAGACUCAUUUCAUACCUAGCUUGUAUUCCUAGUGAAGAAGUGUGUAAACGAGGUUUCACGGUCAUUGUAGAUAUGCGUGGAUCUAAAUGGGACUCUAUAAAGCCACUUUUGAAGAUCCUACAGGAAUCCUUUCCCUGUUGCAUCCAUGUUGCACUGAUAAUCAAGCCAGACAACUUUUGGCAGAAACAACGGACUAACUUCGGCAGCUCCAAGUUUGAAUUUGAGACAAACAUGGUAUCUCUGGAAGGCCUUACCAAAGUUGUUGACCCAUCUCAGCUAACUCCUGAAUUUGAUGGCUGCUUGGAAUAUAACCAUGAGGAAUGGAUAGAAAUCAGAGUUGCCUUUGAGGAUUACAUUAGCAAUGCCACUCACAUGCUCUCAAGGCUGGAGGAGCUGCAGGAUAUCUUGGCCAAAAAGGAUUUGCCUCAGGACUUGGAGGCAGCUAGAAGUAUGAUCGAGGAGCAUUCGCAACUGAAGAAGAAAGUCAUCAAAGCCCCUAUUGAGGACCUGGACCUAGAAGGGCAAAAGCUGCUGCAAAGGAUACAGAGCAGUGAGACUUUCCCCAAAAAGAACUCUGGCUCUGGAAAUGCGGACCUACAGAACCUCUUGCCGAAAGUGUCCACUAUGUUGGACCGCCUGCACUCGACGCGGCAGCAUCUGCAUCAGAUGUGGCAUGUGCGGAAGUUGAAAUUGGACCAAUGCUUUCAGCUCAGGCUUUUUGAACAAGAUGCGGAAAAGAUGUUCGACUGGAUCACACACAACAAAGGCCUGUUUUUGAACAGCUACACAGAGAUUGGAGCCAGUCAUCCUCAUGCCAUGGAGCUUCAGACACAGCACAAUCAUUUCGCUAUGAACUGUAUGAAUGUGUAUGUAAACAUAAACCGCAUCAUGUCUGUAGCCAACCGUUUGGUGGAGUCUGGUCACUAUGCCUCACAGCAAAUCAAACAAAUCGCCAGCCAGUUGGAGCAAGAAUGGAAAGCGUUUGCCGCAGCCCUGGAUGAGCGUAGUACCUUGUUGGAAAUGUCAGGUGUUUUCCACCAGAAGGCUGAGCAGUACAUGAGUAAUGUGGAUUCAUGGUGUAAAGCCUGCGGUGAGGUCGAGCUUCCCUCGGAACUACAGGAUUUGGAGGAUGCCAUCCACCAUCACCAAGGGAUAUAUGAGCAUAUUACUCUGGCAUAUUCUGAGGUGAGCCAAGAUGGAAAGUCAUUACUUGACAAACUUCAACGGCCUUUGACUCCUGGAAGCUCUGACUCUCUAACAGCUUCAGCUAACUACUCUAAGGCAGUGCACCAUGUCCUAGAUGUUAUUCAUGAGGUGCUUCAUCACCAGAGGCAACUGGAGAACAUCUGGCAGCAUCGAAAGGUCCGCCUACAUCAACGACUUCAGCUCUGUGUCUUUCAGCAGGACGUACAACAGGUGCUGGACUGGAUUGAAAACCAUGGUGAAGCCUUCCUUAGCAAACACACAGGGGUUGGGAAGUCCUUACAUCGAGCAAGAGCUCUGCAGAAACGCCAUGAGGACUUUGAGGAAGUGGCACAAAACACUUAUACCAAUGCAGACAAGUUGCUAGAAGCAGCAGAACAGCUGGCCCAGACAGGAGAAUGCGACCCUGAAGAGAUUUAUCAAGCAGCCCAUCAGUUGGAAGACCGGAUUCAAGAUUUUGUUCGGCGUGUCGAGCAGCGCAAGAUCCUCCUGGACAUGUCUGUGUCUUUUCACACCCAUGUUAAAGAGGAAGUGAUUCGGGAGGCAGCUGCUGUUUACCUUGCCUGUUAUAGGCAGGCAUACAUGUCUACGCUCUGGACAUGGCUGGAAGAGCUCCAAAAGGAACUUUUGGAUGAUGUUUAUGCAGAGUCUGUGGAGGCAGUGCAAGAGCUGAUCAAAAGAUUUGGCCAACAGCAGCAAACCACUCUGCAAGUGACAGUGAAUGUCAUCAAAGAAGGCGAAGAUCUGAUACAGCAGCUGAGGGAUUCUGCCAUCUCGAGUAACAAGACCCCCCACAACAGCUCCAUCAAUCAUAUUGAGACAGUUCUUCAGCAGCUGGAUGAGGCCCAGUCACAGAUGGAGGAGCUUUUCCAGGAGCGCAAAAUAAAGCUGGAACUUUUCUUACAGUUGAGAAUAUUUGAGAGAGAUGCCAUUGAUAUAAUUUCAGAUCUUGAAUCCUGGAAUGAUGAGCUCUCUCAGCAGAUGAAUGAUUUUGAUACUGAAGAUCUUACGAUAGCAGAGCAAAGGCUUCAGCAUCAUGCGGACAAAGCCCUGACCAUGAAUAACCUGACUUUUGAUGUCAUCCACCAAGGGCAAGAUCUCUUGCAGUAUGUCAAUGAAGUGCAGGCCUCUGGUGUGGAGCUGCUCUGUGACAGGGAUGUGGACAUGGCAACGCGGGUUCAGGAUUUGCUGGAAUUCCUCCACGAGAAGCAGCAGGAGCUGGACUUGGCUGCAGAACAGCAUCGGAAGCACUUGGAACAAUGUGUGCAGCUGCGUCACCUUCAGGCUGAAGUCAAGCAGGUGCUGGGCUGGAUCCGAAAUGGGGAGUCUAUGCUAAAUGCAGGGCUCAUCACCGCUAGCUCACUGCAGGAAGCUGAGCAGCUGCAACGUGAACACGAACAGUUCCAGCAUGCAAUAGAGAAAACACACCAGAGUGCACUGCAGGUGCAGCAGAAAGCCGAGGCGAUGCUGCAGGCUAACCACUACGACAUGGACAUGAUCAGGGACUGUGCCGAGAAGGUGGCCUCCCAUUGGCAGCAACUGAUGCUCAAGAUGGAAGACCGACUCAAGCUUGUGAACGCCUCUGUGGCCUUUUAUAAAACAUCGGAGCAGGUAUGCAGCGUUCUGGAAAGCCUGGAACAAGAAUACAAGCGGGAAGAAGACUGGUGUGGAGGAGCUGACAAGCUGGGUCCCAACUCGGAAACGGACCAUGUGACUCCUAUGAUUAGCAAACACCUUGAACAGAAAGAGGCCUUCCUGAAGGCUUGCACGCUAGCUAGGAGAAACGCUGAUGUGUUCCUGAAAUACCUGCACAGGAAUAGUGUAAACAUGCCAGGGAUGGUGACUCACAUCAAAGCCCCUGAACAGCAGGUCAAAAAUAUCCUCAACGAACUCUUCCAGAGGGAAAACCGUGUGUUGCACUACUGGACAAUGAGGAAAAGACGCCUUGACCAAUGUCAGCAGUAUGUGGUCUUUGAACGAAGUGCCAAGCAGGCUCUUGAGUGGAUCCAUGACAAUGGAGAGUUUUAUUUAUCUACGCACACAUCCACCGGCUCCAGUAUCCAGCAUACUCAAGAGCUAUUGAAGGAGCACGAAGAAUUCCAGAUUACAGCAAAACAAACCAAAGAGCGGGUGAAGCUGUUGAUCCAGCUAGCGGAUGGCUUUUGUGAAAAGGGCCAUGCCCACGCAGCAGAGAUUAAAAAAUGUGUCACAGCAGUGGACAAGAGAUACAGGGACUUCUCUCUGCGCAUGGAAAAAUAUAGGACAUCUUUAGAGAAAGCCCUCGGGAUCUCUUCGGAUUCCAAUAAAUCGAGUAAAAGCCUGCAGCUAGAUAUAAUCCCAGCCAGCGUUCCUGGGUCAGAGGUGAAACUGCGAGAUGCUGCUCAUGAGCUCAAUGAAGAAAAAAGGAAGUCUGCCCGCAGGAAAGAGUUCAUUAUGGCCGAGCUCAUUCAGACAGAAAAGGCUUACGUAAGAGAUCUCCGGGAGUGUAUGGAUACAUACUUGUGGGAAAUGACAAGCGGUGUUGAAGAAAUCCCUCCUGGCAUUGUCAACAAGGAGCAUAUCAUCUUUGGAAACAUGCAGGAGAUCUACGAGUUCCAUAAUAAUAUAUUCUUGAAAGAACUAGAAAAAUAUGAACAGCUACCUGAAGAUGUUGGUCACUGUUUUGUAACUUGGGCAGACAAGUUCCAAAUGUACGUGACUUACUGCAAGAACAAGCCAGACUCCACCCAAUUGAUACUGGAACAUGCUGGUGCUUACUUUGAUGAGAUACAACAGCGGCAUGGGCUAGCCAACUCAAUCUCCUCUUACCUUAUCAAACCUGUUCAGAGAAUAACAAAAUAUCAACUUCUUUUGAAGGAGCUGCUCACUUGCUGUGAAGAAGGUAAAGGUGAGAUUAAAGACGGUUUAGAAGUAAUGCUUAGCGUGCCGAAACGAGCCAAUGAUGCCAUGCAUCUCAGCAUGCUGGAAGGUUUUGAUGAGAACAUUGAAUCUCAGGGAGAGCUCAUCCUUCAGGAAUCCUUCCAAGUAUGGGAUCCUAAGACCCUUAUUCGGAAAGGCCGAGAGAGGCAUCUGUUCCUCUUUGAGAUGUCGCUGGUCUUUAGUAAAGAGGUGAAAGACUCCAGUGGGAGAAGCAAAUACAUCUACAAGAGCAAAUUGUUUACGUCUGAAUUGGGUGUCACAGAGCAUGUGGAGGGUGAUCCUUGCAAAUUUGCACUGUGGGUUGGAAGGACUCCUACUUCAGACAACAAAAUUGUACUAAAGGCUUCCAGUAUUGAGAACAAACAAGACUGGAUCAAGCACAUCAGAGAGGUGAUACAGGAAAGAACAAUCCAUCUCAAAGGAGCUUUAAAAGAGCCAAUUCAUAUUCCCAAAACGGCACCAACGACAAAACAGAAGGGAAGAAGAGAUGGAGAAGACCUGGAUAGUCAAGGAGAUGGCAGUAGUCAACCUGAUACUAUUUCAAUUGCAUCCCGAACCUCACAAAAUACACUAGACAGUGACAAGCUGUCAGGCGGAUGUGAGUUGACAGUGGUCAUCCAUGAUUUCACCGCAUGCAACAGCAAUGAACUGACAAUCCGUCGGGGUCAGACAGUGGAGGUUCUGGAGCGGCCACAUGACAAACCCGACUGGUGCCUAGUACGAACCACUGACCGGUCCCCAGCUGCAGAAGGGCUGGUCCCCUGUGGAUCUCUCUGCAUUGCCCACUCUAGGAGCAGUAUGGAAAUGGAAGGCAUCUUUAACCACAAAGAUUCACUCUCAGUUUCCAGCAACGAUGCCAGCCCUCCGGCCUCAGUGACAUCACUCCAGCCCCAUAUGAUUGGGGCACAGAGUUCCCCGGGUCCAAAGCGCCCUGGCAACACGCUGAGGAAAUGGCUCACUAGCCCAGUGAGGCGACUCAGCAGUGGAAAAGCAGAUGGCCACGUGAAGAAACUGGCCCACAAACAUAAGAAGAGUCGAGAAGUCCGCAAAAGCGCUGACACUGGCUCUCAGAAGGAUUCAGACGACAGUGCCGCUACACCACAGGACGAAACCAUUGAAGAGAGAGGGCGAAAUGAGGGCUUGAGCAGUGGUACGCUCUCCAAAUCAUCUUCCUCGGGCAUGCAGAGCUGCGGAGAGGAAGAAGGUGAAGAAGGAGCUGAUGCUGUGCCACUUCCUCCUCCAAUGGCAAUUCAGCAGCACAGUCUACUCCAACCAGACUCUCAGGAUGACAAGACAUCUUCUCGGCUAUUGGUGCGUCCUACUAGCUCAGAGACUCCCAGUGCAGCAGAACUUGUCAGUGCAAUAGAAGAACUUGUGAAGAGCAAAAUGGCUCUGGAGGAUCGUCCAAGUUCGCUGAUGGUCGACCAGGGUGAUAGCAGCAGCCCAUCAUUCAAUCCCUCCGACAAUUCACUUCUGUCCUCCUCGUCACCGAUGGAUGAGAUGGAAGAACGAAAGUCCAGCUCUUUAAAAAGACGACACUAUGUCCUACAAGAAUUAGUGGAAACAGAAAGAGAUUACGUAAGGGAUCUUGGCUACAUAGUAGAGGGUUACAUGGCUCUCAUGAAAGAAGAUGGUGUUCCUGACGACAUGAAAGGGAAAGACAAAAUUGUGUUUGGCAACAUUCAUCAAAUAUAUGACUGGCACAGAGAUUUCUUUUUAGGAGAAUUAGAGAAGUGCCUUGAGGAGCCAGAAAAAUUGGGAUCACUUUUUGUUAAACAUGAGAGAAGAUUGCACAUGUACAUAGUUUACUGCCAAAACAAACCAAAGUCUGAGCAUAUUGUCUCAGAAUACAUUGAUACAUUUUUUGAGGACCUGAAGCAGCGUUUGGGUCAUAGACUUCAGCUUACAGAUUUGCUGAUAAAGCCAGUGCAAAGAAUUAUGAAAUAUCAAUUGUUACUAAAGGACUUCCUCAAAUACUCCAAAAAAGCUAAUCUUGACACAACAGAAUUAGAGAGGGCUGUAGAAGUAAUGUGUAUAGUCCCCAAACGGUGCAACGACAUGAUGAAUGUUGGUCGUUUACAAGGAUUUGAUGGUAAAAUUGUUGCCCAGGGAAAACUGUUGCUGCAAGACACCUUCAUGGUUACGGACCAGGAUACAGGACUCUUGCCACGGUUGAAAGAAAGGCGGGUCUUCCUGUUUGAGCAGAUUGUCAUAUUCAGUGAACCACUAGAUAAAAAGAAAGGCUUCUCAACACCAGGGUUCUUAUUUAAAAAUAGCAUAAAGGUGAGUUGCCUUUGUUUGGAGGAAAACGUAGACAACGAUCCAUGUAAAUUUGCACUGACAUCGAGAGCAGGUGAUUCUAUGGAGACUUUUGUUUUGCAUUCCACCAGUCCAGGAGUCCGCCAAAUGUGGAUCCAUGAAAUCAACCAAAUUUUGGAAAACCAGCGUAAUUUUCUAAAUGCCUUGACAUCACCAAUCGAGUACCAGAGGAACCACAGUGGUCCUGGUGGCGGCGGUGGCGGCAACAACAGCAGCAGCAGCGGCCCGAGCUCCUGCACUGGAAUCCCCAGCUCCAGCCGUAGCAGACCUUCUCGGAUCCCACAGCCGGUCCGACACCAUUCCCCAGUCCUGGUCUCCUCUGCAGCCUCAGUCCAGGCAGAGGCAGACAAGAUGUCAGGUACGUCCAUUCACAAUCCCUCCCUGCCUCCCCACACAACUACCCUACAGGCUGGCUUCAGCCAGGCAGGCAGGCAUCCAUCAAACAUACAGCAAAAUGGUCCUGAGCGAGAAGCAGAGAAGAUCCCCAAGAUGAAUGCUUUGGAGAGCCCCCGGAAGGCACCGACAAGCACUUAUGGUCCUGCGGAUGCAGAUCAGAGGGAAUGCCGAGGGAAUUCGGAGGAGAUUCGUUCAAGGAACAGCAUAGGAUCCCUGACGCUGGGGAAAGCCAGACCUGGAGCUAUCUCACCUGUAAACCCUCCUGCAAUGACUUUCCCCUCUCCUUUUGGCAAGGAAAACUUUACACCCAGCAGUCCUCUGCAGAAAGGCUCCUUUUGGAGCUCCAUCCCAGCAUCCCCUGUCAGCCGUCCCGGCUCCUUCACUUUCCCCGGGGACAGUGACUCCCUCCAGCGCCAGGUCCGCCGCCACUCUUCACACAGCAAGGACACAGACCGCAUGAGCACAUGUUCCUCGGCCAGCGAGCAGUCAGUACACUCCACCCAGAGUAAUGGGAGUGAAAGUAGCAGCAGUAGCAAUAUCUCCACCAUGCUGGUGACACACGAUUAUACGGCAGUGAAGGAGGAUGAGAUUAAUGUCUACCAAGGAGAAGUUGUGCAAAUUCUAGCCAGCAACCAACAGAACAUGUUUUUGGUGUUCCGCGCCGCCACUGAUCAGUGCCCUGCAGCCGAGGGCUGGAUCCCCGGCUAUGUCCUGGGGCACACCAGUGCAAUCACCGUUGACAACCCUGAUGGAACAAUGAAGAAGUCAUCAUCUUGGCACACAGCACUCCGUCUAAGGAAGAAAUCUGAGAAAAAAGAUAAAGACGGCAAAAGGGAAGGCAAGUUAGAAAAUGGUUACCGUAAAUCUCGAGACGGACUUGCCAAUAAGGUUUCCGUGAAGCUUCUCAACCCCAACUACAUUUAUGAUGUUCCCCCAGAAUUUAUAAUACCAUUAAGUGGGCUGACAUGUGAGAUAGGAGAGACUGUCAUUCUUAAGUGCAAAGUCUGUGGUCGUCCCAAAGCUUCCAUCACUUGGAAAGGGCCUGAUCAUAACACACUGAGCAAUGACAGUCACUACAGCAUCUCAUACAGUGAUUUAGGAGAAGCAUCUCUGAAAAUCAUUGGUGUGACCACAGAAGAUGAUGGUAUCUAUACCUGUAUAGCUGCAAAUGACAUGGGUUCAGUUUCAUCUUCAGCCAGUUUGCGAGUUUUAGGUCCUGGAAGUGAUGGGAUCAUUGUAACCUGGAAAGAUAACUUUGAUUCCCUGUACAGUGAAGUGGCUGAGCUUGGCAGGGGCAGGUUUUCUGUCGUUAAGAGAUGUGAUCAAAAGGGGACCAAGCGAGAAGUGGCCGCAAAAUUUGUAAAUAAGAAACUGAUGAAACGAGAUCAGGUCACCCACGAGCUCGGAAUCAUGCAGAAUCUCCAACACCCUCAGCUUGUCGGCCUUCUUGACACCUUUGAGACCUCCACCAGUUACAUCUUAGUGUUAGAGAUGGCUAACCAAGGUCGACUUCUGGACUACGUUGUGCAGUGGGGAAACCUCACUGAAGGAAAGAUCAAGCUGUAUCUGGGAGAGAUUCUGGAAGCUGUGCAGUAUCUUCACAAUUGCAGAAUAGUGCACUUGGACCUAAAGCCUGAAAACAUUCUGGUGGAUAAGAGCAUGGCCAAAGCGACAAUCAGACUGGCUGACUUUGGAGAUGCUGUCCAGCUCAACACCACCUACUACAUCCACCAGUUACUUGGGAACCCAGAGUUUGCAGCUCCUGAAAUUAUCCUUGGAAAUCCCGUCUCCCUGACCUCAGAUGUGUGGAGCAUUGGCGUGCUCACAUACGUCCUCCUUAGUGGCGUGUCUCCUUUCCUGGAUGAAAGUGUAGAGGAAACCUGCCUGAACAUUUGUCGCUUAGACUUUAGCUUCCCAGAUGACUACUUCAGAGGAGUAAGCCAAAAGGCCAAAGAUUUUGUAUGUUUCCUAUUGCAGGAUGACCCAGCCAAGCGUCCUUCUGCUGCACUGGCCCUCCAAGAGCAAUGGCUGCAGCCAGGCAGUGCCAAAAGUGCUGACAGCAUUGACAUAGCCAGACUGACUUCAUUCAUUGAGCGGCGAAAACACCAGAACGAUGUUCGACCCAUUCGUAGCAUUAAAAACUUCUUACAGAGCAGGCUCUUGCCAAAAAUUUAACUUAUCUUUGAUGUUCUCUCUCAUUCUCUUUCACCUGUCACUGAAAGUGAGGAUGAAGCUCUCCUGCCAAUCAGCUGUUGACUCGAAUUUGGGGUGAAGAAAACAAACAAACAAAAGCCAAUCAGCUGCUAGCAUGUUCAUCGUGUGGAAAUGCAUUCCAAGUAAAUCUACGCACGGUUGUACUUGGGACUAGCAGUGCGAACCUAUGUUGGGGUGGAGGACUACAACAUUGUACUCUGCAAAAUGAAGAACUUUACACUUACUACAGUAUUUUAUUCAGGUUUCUGCAAAAAAAAAAAAUCUUUUUUAAACAAAAUGUCAAACCAGAAUUGAAAUUUUGCAAAUGAUCUUAACUAGCAUUUUCAAGAUUUUAGACAAAGGAAAUACACCUAUGUUCAAAGCACUGGUAUUAAGAGACGAGAUACAGACACUGACAUGGAAAGACAACAAAAUGGCUGCCCGCGGAGAGGGUGUCCAUUUUGGAACGUCUGAUUUUUAUUUUCUUUUAUUUCCUUGGACUUGGACAUAGAGCUUUCCAGUUGCCUCGCCUGUGUCUAUCUUGCAUAGCAGUGCACUGAGAUCGGACUCUGCUUAGAAGUGCAUCCAACCUCAAGAUUUUUGCAUACAAAUAGAAUGAACCAUUUUGCUCUGAUAAAAUGUAGGCCUUACUUGUAAAUAGACGGUUACCUGCCUUCAGUCUGUGUCUCUUCGAUUUCCCCCCUCCUCUCUUCUUCCUUUUCCCUCCCCCUAAAUGGUGGUAUACCACUGUGCGGGUCUUUAGUUCAGGUCAGCUUUGGUUUGACCUAUCAGAAAAGAACUCCUGGGUUUGGUGUCCAAUAGGCCAACCUUUAUUGUCAGGCAGUAUACAGCAGAAGAAAAUACUCUAAAUGCACUCACUUUGGGAUUUUGUUUUGUUUUUUGUUUUUGUUUUGUUUUAAUUUCAUAUCAUGUGCAAUGUUGUGGCUUUAACAUUUUAUGCAACUAUUUAUGAGGACCUCUGUUGUAACUGUAAUAAAUAUAUAGAAAAAAAAGCACAUUCAUAGUAUGGUGAGCUUUAUGACUUCAUUUGUGUUUGGAAUUUCCAAGGGUGGGUAGGGGAGCGGGUGGGUUUCUCACUGUGUCAUUGAACUAGUUGAACUUGAGCCUUAGCUUGGGAUUUGAGUCAAAAGUCAAGCUGGUUUUCCGAUUGUAAAAUUAUUUUCAUCUCCUGAAAUGCAAACUGGAUAAGAGAAAAAAAAUAGAGUGAAGUUUUUUCAAGAAGUGUGUUUGUUUUGGUUGUUGUUGUUGUUGUUGUUAAAAAUGCCAAAGUAUUAUUUUUCCCCCCAAAAUCAAUCUCGACUUUUUAGAACUUUAAAUUUUGUCUUUUGCUUUCUGUACAAUAAAUGAAUGAAUUUUCUGCUCUUUGAAGAAAAUACUGUCAAGCAGUAGUGGUCAUAACUAAGACCAGAAGUUGACAUACGAUAACUGUCUCUUGUUUUUUUUAAAAAUGGUUUAUAAAACGUUUAAAAUAUGUGGAAUAUUAAGAUAUUGAUGGUUUUCUGUGCAUUGGCAAGCCUGACAUGGAUGUUUAGUCAUCCAUGUUUCUCUUCAUGUGUAAUCCCUGUUGAAAGAAACCAAGCCUGAAUCCCAUAUGAAGUAGACAUUGCAGUGGUCUUAAGCCCUGACCUGGCUUGGGUUUUAAUUUCACUAUUUGCAAUUUCUGUUGUAAUCUAUUUAUUUCUUCUUUGUGUUUGUUUUUUGUAAAGUUGUACAGAAACUUUUUAAACAAGAAUUAAAAAUCAAAACUGGAUGAAUGUGUAUUCAUACCAACCAUAACUUUUUUUUUUGCUUGUGAAUUACAAUUUCAUUUCAUAUUUUAGUUGGGAGGUUUUGCUUUAUUUUGCAUGUAUAUUUCUUUGUACAGUGAUGUUGUGUGUUUACACAGUAUGAUGUGAUGUAAAUAAUUUAUUUUGCCAUCAGUUAUUUUAAAAAAAAUUAAACAUAUUUAACAGA